UGUUUCCAUUUCCAUGUUCAGAUUAAGAAUAUUAAUACAAGUAAAUCUUAUUAACUUUUUCAUUCAUGAAAGCUUACUGUUGUAAACACUGCCAAUAUAAGCCGGGUUUACACCUUACAGAGAGUCAUCAAAGGAAUUGAAAAGUUGGAAGGUUUGAAUUAAUCAAAACUCGUGGUCUUCAAGCUGGAAAACUAUCCCUUGAAUCCAACCCACCAAAAAACGUAACAUUCAAAAGGCAUUAAGUUGAUCAUAAGAGCAAGAAUUCAAACGCUGCUGUGCCUCUCUUUCCUGUUCACGUCUUUGAAGGGUUCUGGCCAAAAAGUGGACUUCUUGUUGUAUAUAAAGGAAGACGGAAGGUAGUCAAGAAUCAACAAAAUCUCAUCUAACUGUGAGGGCCGAGAGAGAAUAACAAAGAAUAUUUUUGGUUCAAGCACUGGUACUGAAUUAAUUACAGCUGAAGGCUUUUGAUAAUCUAUGGGUUUAUCGCUUUCAUUGCUCUUAUCAGCGUGGGAGGAAAUUCUAAAACACAGGUUCUUUAGUUUGGCUUAUAACAUCAGCUUCAAUGCCAGAGAUGGAGAAGUCACUGUUAGAGUAAACAGCUUCAAGAGAAAGGAUUCAGAAACCAAGUGUGAUGAAAUCAUAAAGAAUUACAAACGGGAAAAUGUAUUGCUUGAAACAAAUUUGUCAUUCAAGGAUCUGGCUGAAGACAAAAAGAUGGUUUCAACCAAAACUUUGAAUAGAAAAGAGGGAUUGAGGCAUUACCCGAUUCCUUCACUUUCUCUUCCUGAACCAGCAAUACUGUUUUCACCGAGACCAGUGAGUGAACUCGAUGCAGCAGCCGUUAAACUUCAAAAGUUCUAUAAGAGUUACAGAACCAGAAGAAACCUCGCUGAUUGUGCGGUUGUUGUUGAGGAGUUGUGGUGGAAGGCAUUAGACUUUGCAGCUCUCAAGCGGAGUUCUGUGUCUUUCUUCAAUAUUGAGAAACCGGAAACCGCCGUGUCACGGUGGGCCAGGGCCAGGACAAGAGUAGCCAAGGUGGGAAAGGGGUUGUCCAAAGAUGAGAAGGCCCAAAAACUGGCCUUACAACAUUGGCUUGAAGCCAUUGAUCCACGGCAUCGGUAUGGGCACAAUCUACACAUGUAUUAUGAUACCUGGUUUAAAAGCGAGAGCAGCCAACCUUUCUUUUACUGGUUGGACGUUGGAGAUGGGAAAGAAGUAAAUUUGGACAAGUGUCCAAGAAGUGUUCUUCAUCGCCAAUGCAUCAAAUAUCUUGGACCAAAAGAAAGAGAAGCAUUUGAGGUGAUAGUUGAAGACGGGAAACUUGUCUAUAAGCAAUGUGGAAUGCUUGUAGAAACCACUGAAGGUUCCAAAUGGAUAUUUGUUUUGAGUACCAGCCGGGCUUUAUACGUGGCGCAAAAGAAGAAAGGAUCGUUUCAACACUCCAGUUUUCUGGCCGGCGGCGCCACCACCGCCGCUGGAAGAUUAGUUGCUCACGAUGGAAUUCUUCAGGCAGUAUGGCCGUACAGUGGCCACUAUCAUCCAACAGAAGAGAACUUCCAAGAAUUCAUCAGCUUUCUUGAGGAGAACCAUGUUGAUCUCACUAAUGUAAAGAGGUGUGCCAUCGAUGAUGACAAUUUCUCUUCAAUCAAGGGGAACGUCGAGGAAUCAAAACAAAAACCACCAGUGGGCCCUGAUAUGGACAAUAGCAUUAAGGCGGCUACAAUCACGACCGUUCAUCAAAAAGAAAAGAUUGAUACAAAUAAUGAUGCCGUCGCAGCAGCGUCUUUGUUUGAUGUAGGCAAACGAUUGCCGUGCAACUGGACCACGGGAGCUGGACCCCGCAUCGGCUGUGUGCGGGACUACCCGGCAGAUUUACAGUCGAGAGCACUGGAACAAGUUAACCUAUCUCCUCGUCCGCCAACUGCGCCGUUUGUUAAAUACGGGCCGAUUCCUUCUCCAAGGCCCAGCCCAAAGGUCCGUCUCUCUCCAAGGCUAUCCUACAUGGGCCUGCCUAGCCCGAGGACUUCAAUCACUGCAGCUAGCUAAGCUAAGCUCCAGAAUUCGGGUAGUACUGGUGCCCCGGCUUCAAGGUUUUAGAACUGAGGUGGGAACAGUGGAAACUGACUGGGAUUAUUUGUUAAAAGAAAAUUUUUUUUGGUGACUUCCUUACUGUUGUUUCAUUAUUUGAAGUUUCUUUAUGGCUUAAUUUACCCAAUUUUGUUUGGGUUUUACCUAUUCUUUCAUGUAAAGAGAAAAUACAAUCCAAUAAUACAAAUACCCAAUCAAAUCUUCCUAUGCA